AUGUCAACGCAAGCCUACUCGUCACCUUCCAAAGUCUCAUCAUGUAGCCACGUACAUCGACUCUUUGUUCUCCUGCUCCUCAUAGUGUCAAUCAUUCUCGUCACGGUCCCGCCCGCACAUGCAAAGAAUCCAAUCAACUACAAGUCGGAGCAUUCCAACUAUGGCGACUUUCACAAAUAUGCUCAAUCAGCCCGCGAGCACCUCGUAACUCAGGACCUCUCUCAGGAACCUUUACCGAAAAGCACAGAAGAAGAAGACCUCUACUACUUCUUUUCCUUACACGAUUACAAUGAGGAUUCUCACCUUGAUGGCAAUGAGCUCAUGGCCGCCUUCACUCAGGCGGGUGAGAUGCCUCCUGUGGGAAGCAGACUAUCUCGGAAGGAUUUGGAGGAAAUGAUUGAUCAUGCACUGGAGGAAGAUGAUACAGACGGAGAUGGCAAGAUUAGCUGGGAAGAGUAUUUAGCUAGCCAGUUGUAUCAUGACGCUGAAUAG